GCGGAGCUCCCGGUCCCCCGGCGGCGGGGGCUGCUCCCCAUCCCGCCCCGUCCCGCCCCAGCCCGGCCGGUGAGGGCGCACCCAGCCGCCCGCGCCGCUGCCAGCCAGCCAGCCAGCCAGCCAGCCGCAGGUUUGCACCCCGGGCCCGGGUGCCUUCCCCGCAGGGUGGCAUAGCAGGGCUCGGGAUGCCACAGGGCUCCACAGGGACCCACACCCCGCGCUGACUCACCUCGCCGCAGAGGACACCCCAAGGGACGCCGGGAGGUGGGCGCUCCCCAUCCUGGCUCUGGAUGUGCACUGCAUCGCUUUGGGGGCGAAGGUACGGCUGGAUGACGGCUGAGGAUGUGCUAUGGAGCCGGGAUUCAACUGCUCUGAGCUCUGCGAUGGCAGCUCCAGUUUUGGCAGCCAGGAGCAGCAGCAGCGGGCGCUGGAGGAGCUCUGCACCGUCACGGUGACAUCUUCUGACCGCAGUGGGAAGAGCUCCCCGUCCUUCUCUGCUGCUCUCCUGGGAGUCGUGUGGACGUUCCUGACUGGAGGAGUCCUGCUAGCGCUCUUUUUUCUUGUCUUCACAAUUCGCUUCAGGAAAAACAGGAUCGUGAAGAUGUCCAGCCCCAAUCUGAACAUUGUGACCCUGCUGGGCAGUGGCUUGACUUACACUAGUGCUUACCUCUUUGGGAUUCAAGAGCAGAGCCUGCCAUCCGGAGACUCAGUGGAAAAGCUUGUUCAGGUGCGGCUCUGCCUGCUGUGCGUGGGGACCUCCCUGGUGUUUGGCCCCGUCCUCGGGAAAAGCUGGCGGCUCUACAAGGUGUUCACCCAACGGGUGCCGGACAAGCGAGUGAUUAUCAAAGACCUCCAGUUGCUGGCGAUGGUGGCAGCAUUGGUGCUGGCAGACGCUGUGUUGCUCUUGACGUGGGUGUUCUCUGAUCCGGUCCAGUGUUUCCGAAGCCUCAGCGUCUCACUGCGGGUGACAGAGAAAGGCAUGACCUGCUCAGUGAGCCGGGUGCAGUCCUGCGCGUCUCUUUAUUCUGAUCUUUGGCUCGUUCUCAUUUUAGGGUUUAAGAGUAUCCUCCUCCUAUAUGGGACCUACUUGGCCGGUCUGACCGACAACGUCAGCUCCCCACCAGUCAACCAGUCCUUGACGCUCAUCGUCGGGGUCAACCUCGUGUUCCUGGCUGCCGGCACUGUCUGCUUAGUUCACCGUUUCUUCCGCGCUUGGCACAACUUGCUGUUUGGUUUUACCUCUGGAGGCAUCUUCGUGUGUACAACUACGAUCAACUGCUUCAUCUUUGUCCCACAGCUCAAGCAGUGGAAAGCCUUUGAAGAAGAAAGCCCAACCGUGAGCCACAUGGCAAAAUACUUCACCAGCCCGAGCAGGAGCUGCCGCUCGGUGUACAGCGAGGAGCAGCUCUACCAGCUGAUAGGGGAGAAAAACUCCAUGAAGCGGCUGCUCACCGAGAAAAACGCCGUGAUUGAAAGCCUGCAGGAGCAAGUGAGCAGUGCCAAGGAGAAGCUGAUGAGGCUGAUGUCUGCGGAGAGCGGCUGCGACCCUCAUGUGCUGCCGGCGGCUCCCUGCAGCCAGAGCUCGGGGCGGUGCGGGGAUGCGCCGGGGGACUGCUGCCCCCCGGAUCCGGAGAGAGACGGGUGGCAGCCUCCGCGCUUGGUGGGUACACCACCUCUUUGCAGCGAUGCUCAGGACCUCCAGAAACCUGUGACCCAUGAGCCUGUUUGCUCUCGGGCGCUGCUUUUUGACAUGGGAGAUGGCAUCGAACGUGGCCUGAAAAGUGCUCACGAGUGUGAGACACCUGCAGGGCAGGGGCAGUCUCCGGAGCAGCUGCUGGGCCAGGACAUCUCAGCUGGCAUGACCCGGGAGUCGUCCCCCAAAGUCAGCUAUGUGAGUAGCGAGAAGCUGCGGGAAAUCUUGCAAGAGCUGAGCCUGGAUGGCAAAACCUACAGCCUGGCCUCACCUGGGGGUCCCCUCUGCAGCAGCCAGGGCCCCCAAGGUGAGCAGGCAGGAACAUGGGGGGCCCAGGAGGGCUACCCGGGCAUCCGCACACCCCUCAGCCCCUACCUGGCAAGGCGGCGACGGAGGAUCCUGCUGCCCCCCACCUCCACCCGCUACCCCGGACAUGUGUCCCCUCGUGCCAGCCUCAGGGUGAAGGAGGCGGGCGGCCGGGGCUGUGGGGAGUUGGCACGUAUCUCCCUGGGGAGGGAAGGGGAGAUGGCUGGCGGAGGGCUCCUUCACCCACCAGCACCGUCCCCUCCAGCCAUCCCUGGGGAGGUCUGCCUCCAGCCAGAGGGAUGGCCAGGAUGGCCGGACCCCCAGGGCACUUCCCCGUGCAGCCGGUGGGAGCAGCGGCGACGGCAGGGUGCCCUGAGGGGACCCGCCGAGCCCUCCCUGCGCUCGCUGUACUAUUACCCGGACUCUGACUCCAGCAGCAGCAGCUCCGAGGAGAUGUUCCACGGCUGCCACCGGCCCUGCUGCGAGGUCUGCUUCCAGAGCCCACGCGGCUCCCUGGGCAGCAGUAGCACGGACACGGACACAGAGCCCAGCAGCUGUGCGGGCCACUGGACAGAGCACCACGGCGGGCCCCAGCCCGUGGUGAAUUUCAAAGAAGAUCUGAAGCCCACCUUUGUGUGACUGGGAGCGCCCCUGCCCCAAAAGCAAGUGCCCUGCCGCCCUUGAAACACUGUGUGUUUUCAGCAAUGCUAAAGUCACGCGUCCCUCCGAGGGCUGCAUCUUGCUCCAGCAACUGGGGGUCAGGAAUAAAUCUUGUCCCACUCUGAGUUGCUGCGUCAACCCCAGCCUGGUCAUCAGUGACUGCAGACCGUAGUUGGCAGCGCUUGGGGAGGUGGAGGUGGCAGUGGUUUUGUCCAGGCUGCUCCAGGCAGCCGCCUGCCCCCCACAGAUACCAUGUCUGUCCCUCCCAGUGCUGGCAGCAGAAAGACUGGGGCUGGAUGGCCUGCCAGAGCCCAAACUUCUUAAUCUCAGAGGGCUUUCCCUGCCAGCUCUGGGUGAUUCGCACCGGUGGGGAGCAGUACCGCAUCUCGGAAACAUGUGGCUUGUUGCACGCAGCAGCCAGACAUACAGAGGACUCCUUCUCCAAGGCUGCUGGUGCUGAGCCUCCCACCAGAAUCACACCCAACUGGAGAUGGGAGACAGCCAGACGGCAGGAGCGCUUGCAGGCUGCCGCUCACCUGGGGCACGCUGCUCCCUCAGCAAAGCAAGGACCUCAGAGCAGGGUGCACGCAGGAGACUUUCGGGGCGGUUGGGUUUUUUUUUUUUGGUAGCGGCUGAGUGAGAAAAUGGAGUCCAAAGGUGACAUCCCUGGAGGUGUCUUUGCAUUUUGUGUAGUUCAGUUGCAUGGUUGUAGGUGAGACUCAGGUCAGAGCCGAAGAGAAAGACAAGCUAGCAAUUGUAAAAGAGGAUCUGAAAAGGUUUUUCUUUUCUUUUUUUUGCCUUGUUUUUCUGGGGCUUUUGCCCUUCUGUAUGCCUUUGUAUGGAUGACGUAGUCUGGAAUGAGGUUUGUUUAAAUUAAUAUGGUGUGUUUAAUUUUUAUCUUAGAAAUAUCAAGAACAGUAAAUCCAAUGUGCCCUCUUUUGUUGUGGUAUUUGUGAAGGCGUAUUGUUGCCUCCACAGGAGAGG